ACAGAUGAAUUUAUUUUGGCAGUUAUUCAAGGUUAUUCUUUAGAAUUUGAUCAAGCCCCUAGUCAAUAUUGUAUACCUAAACCAUAUGUUCUUUCUUUGCAGGAAGAGCAGAAUGUUUCUCAAGCAGUUGAAAAACUAGAAAAUAAAGAGAAAGAACAACUUUGACUCAUCCAACCAAAAGUUUUAUGGUUCAUCUACCCAAACUCAGACUGCUGGCAUGUUUGAUUUCAGGCAAGCAACACGAAAGCGAGAAUUUUCGGAUGAGGUUAACAACGUCUUGUUGCACUCAUGGCGACCACAAACUAUUAAACAAUAUGAUGUAUACCUCAAGAAGUGGUUCACUUUUACAAAUCAAAGGAGUGUCAAUUCAUUUUCACCCUCUGUGGGAAAUGUGUUAGAAUUUCUAUAUCAAUUAUUCGAUUCAGGAUAUUCUUAUAGUGCCUUGAACUCUGCUCGAUCAACAUUAUCCAGUUUCAUCACAUUUGACAACCAACCGUUGGGAUGUAAUCCAUGUAUUGUGCGGUUUCUUAGAGGAUGUUUUAAUCUUCGACCAUCCCUUCCUAGAACUAAUGUGACUUGGGAUGUGGACAGAGUAUUAAGUUAUUUGAAGAAUUUGUAUCCGCUUUGUGACUUAACUCUUAAAGAUUUGACAUUGAAAUGUGUAUCGCUAUUAGCGAUUGUUAGUGGUCAGCGUAUGCAAUCUUUAUUUUACAUUGAUGUGCGUAAUAUUGAAAUAUUGUUUGAUAGGUUAAAAAUACGUUUUGGAGAUCUACUUAAAACUAGUAGACCAAACUUUCAUCAGAAGGAACUGUGUUUUGAAUCAUACACAGAUAAACGAUUAUGCAUUGUGACUACCUUUCAGGAAUAUAUUAAGAGAACUGAAACACUGAGAUCAUCUGGGACUCAAUUGUUCAUUAGUUACACGAAGCCUUAUUCAUCGGUGACACGUUCAACCAUCGCUAGAUGGGUCAAAGUGGUACUUUUUAAUUCAGGCAUUGACAUGUGUUUAUUUACACCACAUAGUGUUCGUGGUGCAUCUACCUCAGCUGCUCAUCGGAAAAGAGUUCCAUUGGCCACAAUUUUGGAGACUGCUGGAUGGAGUAACAGUAAAACUUUUGCUAGGUUUUACAACAAACCUAUUCAUUGAGGAUAACAGUGUGUAUUCUAAUCUUAUAUUGGACAGCUCAAAAUAGGGCAGUGUUUUAUUUGUGAUAGUUCAAGUGGUAAACUAUGGCAAACUGUUACUAGUAUAACUAUUGUGAAGGUGACAAACUUCAUAGAUUGAAAACAUUUUAGAUUAACUCUUCAUGUACAAGUCAAAUGGACUUUAAACAUGUUCCAAAAGGUUUAAGGAAAUAUUAUAAAACAACAGGAUUAUGCUAAAGGUUGAUAACAUGACUGUAAUGAGAAUCAUAAACACUGAGUUGAUGAUAUUUUUUCUAGUAGUUUAAAUAUGUAAGUGCUAGUAAUAAAAGUUGGAAAAUUGAA